GAUAUACAAAGUUGUGGUAAGAAGCAUGGAGGCAAGUGCUUGUCCCGACGACUACGAGCACCCGAUACCUGGUGUUAUGUACAUAGUAAAUAAUAUACCAGGUCCUGGAAUAGAUAUAGAAGAUUUUGAAUCGGAAUACUCGGUAGGUUGUUCGUGUACGAGCCAGUGCACCGACUGUUCGUGUACACGUGGCUUUCCUAAUUAUAUCAAUGGUCGUAUAAUAGAUGAGAAAUUAUCAGGUCCUAUACUCGAAUGUAAUUCUUGCUGCACCUGCGGCCAAGAUUGCGGCAAUAGAUUGGUGCAGAACGGUCCAUUGAAUAGUUUAAAGGUACUCGAAGCUAGUAACAAAGGUCUUGGUCUUUUCACUGCUAAGUUGAUUAAGAGAGGUCAAUUUAUUUGCGAAUACGCUGGUGAAGUGAUCGGUAUCGACGAAGCUCGUUAUCGGUUCGAGGCGAAUAAAAAUAGUAUGAAUUAUGUUCUGGUGGUCUCUGAACAUAUAGGAGAUGAAAAUAUCGUAACGUGUAUAGAUCCUAAGUAUUUCGGUAACAUUGGACGUUACGCUAAUCACAGUUGCGAACCAAAUACGAAUAUCGUACCUAUAAGAGUUGAAGGAACGACACCUCGUUUAUGUUUAUUCGCCUGUAGAGAUAUCGAAGCCGGGGAGGAGAUAACAUUUAGCUAUGCUGACGGAAUUGCCAAUUCCGUCCGUAAUUUUAGUGAAACGCGCUGCCUUUGCGGUUCCAGCAACUGUGUUGGCUACCUGCCUCAUAAUUCUAUUUAAAAGUAUUUAAGAUUUGGUACAUCACAUGUUCCAUUAAGUUAAGAGAUUUUUCAAAGUGUUCCUGUAAUUUUCAUCGAUUUAUCUGGAGUAAUUUAUAAUUCUUUAAGAAUUGUGCUUACUUAUUAUGAUAAGUAAGCGUUCGCGUAAUUGUGAAAUUUUUAGAGAGAUAAAAAUCUUCUAUACACUAUUGUAAGAAAUGCAGGGUAAAACGUUAUCGAGAUCAGAAGAUAUAUCAAAUGCUCUGUAACUGAUGUAAUUCCAUAAUAAUACAACAUUAUUGAAAGGAUCGAUUUAAUAUCUAAUGUUAUAUACAUAUUAAACAUUUUUGUAACAGGUGGUAAUAUGUUAAUUACAUACUGUAUGAUGAUGCAAUAUAUACAUAUUCGGUCAUGAUUCAAUAUAGAAUAUUGUAUAAUCUA